CGUUCAAUGAAAAGUAGCGUUGCAAAGGCCUCAGAAAUUUUAAAUAAAAGAAGGAACUUUCAAUGGUUUGCCUCUCAUACAUGCCGUUUAUUGUCCGUGGUUAAUCAUCGAUAUUGUAAUCCAGGGAUUAUUAUUAAUCUGUUAUUUAUCGUGUAAUUUCUUCUAUGUCCUGUAAUCUGUAACUAUGAUCAUGGAGGACAUUCAAAAAUCCAGAGCAGAGCUGCCUAUUUGUAAGGCAAAAAUGGAAUUGCUGAAAGUAAUUUAUCACAAUAAAACUAUUGUACUUGUUGGUGAAACGGCUUGCGGUAAAACUACUCAAAUUCCACAGUAUCUUCUGGAUGGUGGAUUUGCAAAAAAUAAAUGCAUUGGAAUCACUCAGCCCCGAAGAGUUGCUGCGGUGACUAUUGCAACUAGAGUUGCUAAAGAAGUAAGAACUGAACUUGGAGGAAAGGUUGGCUAUUCAGUGAGGUUUGAGGAUGUUACUUCUAGUGCUACUAAAAUAAAGUAUUUAACCGAUGGUAUGCUGCUAAGGGAAUCUAUCAGUGAUGCAAAAUUAUCUAAAUACAGUGUAAUAAUCUUAGAUGAAGCUCAUGAAAGGACAUUGUGUAAUGACAUUCUUUCGGGGAUUGUAAAAACGGCUCAAAAGUUAAGGUCAUCAAACCAAAGCGGUCUUUUACCCCUAAAAAUUAUUGUCAUGUCUGCUACUCUUGAUUAUCACCGAUUCGCUGAGUACUUUGAAGCUCCUGCAUAUUUUGUGAAAGGUCGAGAAUUCAGCAUUAAGAUAUUAAAUUCUGUGAACACGCAAGAAGAUUAUCAACAUUCUGCACUUAUUACUGUUUUUCAAAUUCACCAAAAUGAGGAUGAUGGAGACAUAUUGGUUUUCUGCACUGGACAAGAGGAAAUUGAUUCAUUGGCUGCUGAAACAGAGAAUUUGGCUUUACAUUUACCUGCUGGCUGUAAAAAACUUUCUGUGUGGAAAUUAUAUGCAGCCCUUCCGUCUGCUUUGCAAAAUGCAUGUUUCGACAAAGCUCCUGCUGGCUAUAGAAAAGUGAUUUAUUCAACAAAUAUUGCAGAAACUUCUGUCACAAUCAGUGGCAUUAAAUUUGUGGUGGAUACAGGCAUGGUAAAAGUAAAGUCUUAUAAUCCUCAAUGUGGCUUUGAUGUGUUAAAAGUUCAAAGGAUAUCGAAAGCACAAGCUGAGCAAAGAGCUGGCAGAGCUGGACGAGAAUCUGAUGGAAUGUGUUAUCGUUUAUAUACGCUUGAUGAACACAAGAUGUUUCAAGAUCAGUCUGUCCCUGAGAUUCUUAGAUGUUGUUUGUCUAAUGCUAUUCUACAAAUGGUGGCUGUUGGAAUACAUAACAUAUGUGAAUUUGAUUUUAUUGAUAAACCAUCUGAAGAUCAUAUAUCUGCAUCUAUAGAGCAGCUGAAACUCCUUGAAGCUGUAAAUAGGAUCAAGUGGGAAACUAUUGGAAGUUUGGAGUUAACAGAAUGUGGUAAUAAAAUGGUGAAAUUUCCAUUAGAUCCUGUAUUUUCUAAGAUGAUAAUCACCUCAAGCGCAUACAGAUGCACGGAUGAGAUAUUAACUAUCAUAUCUCUUUUGUCCGUUGAGUCAAUAUUUUAUACUUCAUCCGAAAAACGUGAACAAUUUUCUGAAGUUCGAAAAAAAUUUGAAACUUCAGAUGGUGAUCAUAUUAUGCUGCUCAAUGUGUAUAAAGCUUUUCGAAAUGUGAAAGAAAAUCCUGCAUGGUGCAAAGAAAAUUUUGUCAAUUCCCGCAAUAUGAAGAAAGCAUUACGAAUUAGGAAACAGUUGAGUGAGAUUUGUGAAAAAAUUGGAAUUAAACCUUGCUCGUCAGGUGGUGAUACUUUAAGAAUAAAAAAAUGCUUAACUUCUGGACUAUUUAUGAAUGCUGCUGUUUUCCAUAAAAAAGGAAUAUUCAAAGUGAUUGGAAAAAACCAAAAGGUACGAAUGCAUCCUUCAUCAUGCUUAUUAAAUUCUCAACCAUCAUGUUGCAUUUACACAGAGCUUGUUCAGACUUCCAAACUGUGCAUGAGAAAUGUGACUUCUGUAAGUGAAGAUCUUUUAAUGGAAGUUGCACCCUCGUAUUUUAAAGAAAAACCCAUUCCUAGUUUUAUGAUGGAUACUACGUAGAAUCUGUAUAAAUAUUUCUUAGAAAAAUGUACAUAAUAAUAAAUUUUAUUUUUUUAAACGAUAUUUGCUUCUUCUUUCCUCUCUUAUCUAAUUUUAAUUUUUAAAUGUUUAUAUAUAGUCUGUCCAUGGAUUAUGUAAAAUUGGCAAACGUCCAGUUAAAACAAGUUU